ACACUUACACACGUCUGUAGACACUGGCGCAAUGUGGCUCUCGAGUGCUCGACUCUUUGGAGAUACAUUAGCACUCCUUCUGCUUUUUGGCUAGACCUCAUGCUUGAGAGGUCGAAGGAAACUCCUUUGGUUGUCACAUACACCAUUCCGAUGCCACUAGAUGAUUGCUUGGAGAAAGUUUUGUUACAUCUACCUCGGAUCGAAUACCUCGAAUUUGCUUCAUGGUCAUGUGAUGUCGGUCACGUUAUGGAUCUGUUAUCAUCUCAGCCUGCACCGAUGCUUAAAACGUUCAAAUUCCGGGCUAGAGAUGGCCUUCCAAUGGGACCCAUAUCAGCCCCCAUCUUCCAAGGACAAGCACCCCUACUUCGGGACGUCAUGGUUGACUAUUGUGAUCGCAGCUGGUCAUCGUGUAUUUUUGGCGGGCUUCGCUCUCUAAAUAUGACAGGAACGCGCUUGCAGGACCUUCUUCCAGCUCUGCGAUGUAUGCCUGCCUUGGAGCUACUUGUGCUUGACUCAACAAAAUGCAACGAAAGAAUGCUGUUCGAUAAGGUGCCACUCCCUCAGUUGAAAAGUAUACAUCUAUGUGCCACCUCGCUCCGAACUGCUGUGCCUGUCUUCGCACAUCUAGCCCUUCCCGUCGACGUCAAGAUUUCGUCUCCUUUCAAUACAAGGGCCCAAAACCUUCUCUGA